UCUAUUUUACGAUACUUGUAACUGCACUAAAACGCAGCAUAGGACCACAGUGGCGUUGUGAUAUUGAGAGGUCAUACAUUUUUGAAAAAGAAAGCCAACCAGGACUACAGGAUGUCUGAAGAGCUGUCCCUCAACAUAAACAUCAAGGAGCCAAGAUGGGACCAAAGCACAUUUAUGGGGCGCGCCAAGCACUUCUUCAUGGUCACAGAUCCUAGGAACGUCCUGCUGUCCUCUGAGACUUUGGAGGAGGCCCGAGUGACCAUGGAGAACUACAGAUCUGGGAUCGCUAAGCCUGGUCUAACAGAGGACGAGCUCUGGAGGGCCAAGUACAUCUACGACUCCGCCUUCCACCCCGACACAGGAGAGAAGAUGUUUGUGAUCGGCCGGAUGUCUGCUCAGGUGCCGAUGAACAUGUCCAUCACGGGCUCCAUGCUCACCUUCUACAGGACAACUCCGGCUGUGGUGUUCUGGCAGUGGGUUAACCAGUCCUUCAACGCUGUCGUCAACUACACCAACCGCAGUGGAGACGCCCCUAUGACCGUGAAUCAACUGGGUGUAGCCUACGUCAGUGCAACUACUGGAGCUGUGGUCACGGCCCUGGGCCUCAAGUCUCUAGCUUCGCGUCUGCCGCCGAUCGCCAGCCGGUUUGUCCCCUUUGCUGCUGUCGCUGCUGCUAACUGCAUCAACAUUCCCUUCAUGAGACAGAGGGAGUUGAAGUACGGCAUCCCUGUGAUGGAUGAGAAUGGAAACCGGUUGGGAGAGUCUGCCAAUGCUGCCAAGCAGGCCAUUGUGCAGGUGGUGGUGUCCAGGAUCGGGAUGGCGGUGCCAGCCAUGGCCAUUCCCCCUGUAAUAAUGAAUUCACUGGAGAAGAAAGCCUUCUUGAAGCGGUUUCCAAUUCUCAACGCUCCGGUCCAGGUGGGGCUCGUCGGUUUGUGCCUGGUGUUCGCAACUCCUUUGUGCUGCGCCCUCUUCCCACAGAAAAGCUCCAUGAGUGUGAGCGGGCUGGAGGAGAACCUGCAGGAGAGCAUACGACAGAACAGUCCCAACACCACCACCGUCUACUUCAACAAGGGCCUGUAGGACCAGCCAACACAUCAACAUUCACACGCACGAGACAAAGACGCACACACAUGCUAUACAAAUCCGGUGUGCUGUGGGCACAGGUAGGAGGGAAAGAUAGGCAAAUUUAUUUUUGUUGUCUUUUUUUUGAAUAUAUAUAUAUAUAUGCACGGAGCUGCUCCAAUUGUAAGCGGGGUAGGGUGUUGACUGAAGGGAAAACAAAAAUGGCAGGACGAUCACUGACUUUUCUCACCGUACAUAGAUGGCACUUCUUGUAAAAGAAAACCUGACUCCUGUUUUUCAUUUGUUAUUACUGUGUUGUGGGUUUCAUGUCUUCCUUUGGUCGAAACUGCCUUUAGCGAGGCAGCACAUGGUUUGUGUUUCAGUUUCUAAUAUUUCAUGUUGCAUUCAAGUUAACGGUUAAUUAUUUGUCACUCCAGCCUUCAGUGAAGGCUUGUGCUUGUAAAGCGUUUGUGUAGUUGCUCUUUGAAUGUCAUUUUGUUUUCGGGGCUUGUAGCUGCCUCUUUCCAUUUAUAUUCCGAUUUUCAAUUCCCGGCUAGUAAAAGUGAUAUUUGAAGCUAUUGCAUACUCACUAAGGUAUAUGGAAAUUAUCUCCACCUAUUCAAUUCCCCCUUUUUUGCUCCCUGUUGUAGUUUACUUAAUUAUCUUUGAAUAGUCCAGCUGUUUGUCAUACUCCUUGUUAACAGCUUUUUGCUCUCUUCAGCGGUGAAGUGUACUUCUACUCCUAAAUAUCCAUAGACAAGGUAAAUGAGGCGCUAGGUACAACGUGGCGAAGACGAUAUGGAGAAAUGAUACUGCAAAAAGCUCCCAAAGCACAGCCAUAGAGCACAUCCGUGAUCAUGGGGUGUGCUAUUUAUCAUCAUGAACGUGUACUGUUGCCAUGACAGCGUUGGCUUGUUUUUAAAGGCCUCUUUUCCUUUUGAGAGUUAUCACCUGGUGCAGUCGCUAGAUAUAGUGGCAUAUUGAUGAAACAUUAUUGUUGUGGUUGGUGCUUCUUUGGAAGUUGCCAUGUGGAGGAAUAUGCUUUUGCUUUGUCUAAUUUAAUUUCUUUAAAGUCAGACAUACAGGGUUGUUUUUAUGCAACAAGCAUAACCAUAUGAAAAACUACGGUUUGCAUCAGAGCCACUGAUGUCUGAUUGUACCAAAUGAAAGUAGCUGACGUUAAGUUGCAAAGUCAAAAUACUAAACGCUUAUUUCCAUGUAUUAGCGGGUAACUGUGCGUAGUCUUUGUUGUGGUGUUGAGUUUGAACUUCUCUGAUGAGAGUAAUUCAGAUUGUUGCAUAAGCAGAUGACUGUUCACUUAGUGAUGAUUGUGAGAUCAUGUCCGCUGUAUUCAUCCCUGUGCUGUUUCUGUGGAUUAUGCAAGAAUAAGUAUAUUUUUUCUUAUAUAUAUAUAUCAUUUAUAUGUUACUGAGCACAUAUGCAUAAAGAAUGUUAGGGCCUCUAACUUCACCUGGCUCACCAUAAGCAUCGGAGGACAAUGUCAGCUGCUCGUACUACAAGAGCACUUAACCUGUUACAGCGGACACAGUCGCACGCUACCGGCUAUGAUUCCAUGUUUGUGCAAAGUCAUGCUUCGUGAGUGUUGCUCAAAAAAAAAAAUAUUACUUCACAGUAACGAUGUUCAAACUUAAAUUCACCUCCACCCAGCUUCUGUAGUCACUCGAGAUUGUGUUUCAGAAAUUUGAAGUUGAACGUAUAUUUUAAGUAGACUGUGUGUGUGUUGAGGGACUGUAGCAACUGCACUGUUGCCAACUUGCAUACAGAUGAUUGUGUUUAUAUGUCAUACCACAGACAGACCAUUUCUAUAAACACAUGCGACCCAAUUCCUGUUUUCAUACGGCUCCUGGCUUCUGUAUGACAAUGUGAAGGUUUUUGUAUUCUUUUUUUUUUUUUUUUUUAAAUGAUUGGGCUUAUUUUGGAAUGAAACGUUUCACGUUGCUAUUGUCAUUUGAACACUGAGGCCCCCGACAACAGCUCCUGUUUGAGUCCCUCGCCUCCCUCACACAAAGACACAAUCAACGCACUGCAGGACAGUGCUUCAGAGUUGCAUUUGGCAUUUGGCUGCAUCAUUAGGACGACCUUAUCGUGUUGUGUUUGGGCCUUUUUCCCCGCUAAGGGUGAAACUCCACUAUAUAACCUUUUGCGGUGCUGCAGUUGGAGCCAGAUGGAUUUCUGUUGCUGCCUGAAGUGGAGCUUCCGAAGAUUGUUUGUAUUGAAGAUUGUUUUCAUUAAUGGUGCUGAAUGAUGUUGACUGAACGUACUGAUAGUUGAUAAUCUAUUCAAUGUCUGGUGGUUUUCGUGGCUCGUACCCAAGCUGCUUCCGCAUUAGCUUCUUCUUUUUUCUUUGUGUCGCGCUAAAGUGUCAAGAACAAAUAUGAACGUUUUGGUCAGCAUUUUAAAUACAUUUGAAAACGUGAACCUCAGCUUGGGACUGUAACACGUUGCACCCGUAGAUCGAGCCAAAGAUGAGACGGGUAUGAACUGGACAGGAUUGAGAAUAAGGAAACUGCAGCGUAUGAUCUCUUUGUUUCAGCUUCAAUGUAUGUUCCCUUUUCCAGGCUUCUCUCACCUUUUAUUUAAACAGAAGUGGUUCUCAUUUUUGUCAGUGUUACUCUCAAAAACAUACCAAAUGUAUUGAAAACAAUGCAAAGCAUCUCCACUAAAACAGUUUAUUAUAGCAAUUUAUUGAUCGGUAAACAGAAUUUCACAUAACACCGGUGGAUUUUGACGCCCUGGUUGAAAACCCAAUAAUUUAGUGAAUUAAGAAACUGUAGAAUCUUAUUGGAUAUUGAUGGCACAAAUGAAGAGACAAUCUGUUAUGUUUAACACUCCAUGAAUGUUACACACACACACACACACACACACACACACAGACACAGAUCUGUCAGUGUCGGUGCAGUGUUUUCUCCAUCUAUUUUGUAUUGUGAUUUAAAUAUAUUUCCUUGAUGUGGGAUGUAUUUUACUCAGAGCGUUAGAAUAAAAUGUUGAAGUCCGAAA